ACGAAAUGGCUAAUCAGCGUAAAGAAUUUGAAGAAAUGGGUGCUACGGAAAAGGAGUUAUGGUCUGCUUUAUUGCGUUUGGCAAAUACAAAUUUUGGCGAAGUUUUUGCAGCUUGGAUUCAUUUCAAGGCAAUGAAAGUGUAUGUAGAAUCCGUUCUUCGUUAUGGAUUACCUCCAGAUUUCAUGUCAGCAACUAUAAAG